UCAUGGAGGGGCAGCAGUGGAACAGUGAGAUACUGGAUAAACUUCUAUCCCAGCACUGAAUCAUAUGUGGACACAUUAUGGAUUACUUGCAGCUACCAGAAAGCAUCACAGAAAAAUCUACACCUGGUGGGCAGAUUUUGGCAGAGAGUAAACAGAGAAGCUCCUCUGACAAUAUCAACUCUCCACAAACAAGUGACAACACCUGCAUACCCAAGGACUUCAGCUGCAUAUACAACAAAGAUCUACUCCCUGCUCUCAGCGGUGAGGACACAACCAAAGAUUUCUUCCAAGAGCUGGUGAACAUUCUCCUCAGCUAUGUCUGCAAGUCGUUCAGACGGAGCUCCAAAGUCCUGGACUUCCACCACCCUCACCAACUCAGAGAGGGCCUGGAGGGCUUCAGUCUGGAGCUCCCAGACCAGCCCGAGAACCUGGAACAACUCCUGGUCGACUGCAGGGAUACCUUGAAGUAUGGAGUCAAAACAGGUCACCCACGCUUCUUCAAUCAGCUGUCUUCAGGGCUGGAUGUCAUCGGUCUAGCCGGGGAAUGGCUGACGUCUACCGCCAACACAAACAUGUUUACUUAUGAAGUGUCCCCAGUGUUCAUUCUGAUGGAGGAGGUUCUACUGAGGAAGAUGCAGGAGAUUGUGGGUUGGUCAGAGGAAGAGGGGGAUGGUGUUUUCUGUCCAGGUGGGACCAUGUCCAAUCUGUAUAGUGUACUACUGGCCAGAUACCACUUCUUCCCUGAAGUGAAGACCAAAGGGAUGACUGCUCUGCCCAGGCUAAUCCUCUUCACAUCAGCACAUAGUCAUUAUUCAGUCAAGAAAUCUGCAGCAGUCCUUGGGAUAGGAAGUGAAAAUGUUGUGGUGGUGAAAUGUAAUGACCGGGGAAAGAUGAUCCCUGCAGAAUUGGAGUCAAGUAUCAUUACUGCCAAAGAUCAGGGUUGUGUCCCAUUCUACGUCAAUGCCACAGCAGGCACCACUGUGUACGGAGCCUUUGAUCCUCUCAAUGCCAUCGCAGACAUCUGUGAGAGCCAUGGACUCUGGCUGCAUGUUGAUGCAGCCUGGGGAGGAGGACUGUUGAUGUCCAAGCGGCACCGUGUGAAACUACAAGGGAUUGAACGAGCCUGGUCUGUGACUUGGAACCCUCAUAAAAUGAUGGGUGCUCCGCUUCAAUGCUCAGCCAUACUGGUGAAGAAAAGGCAGGGCCUCUUGAAAGACUGCAAUCAGAUGUGUGCUGAAUACCUUUUCCAAACUGACAAGCACUACGACACCUCUUAUGACACCGGAGACAAGACCAUUCAGUGUGGCAGGCAUGUUGAUGUCUUCAAGCUCUGGCUCAUGUGGAAGGCCAAGGGUUCAGAAGGCUUUGGAUCACAGGUCAAUAAAUGUUUGGAAAAUGCUGAGCACUUAUUCGACAAACUUAAACAAAGACCAGACUUUGAACUCGUCUUCAAAAGCAAACCUGAACACAGCAAUGUGUGCUUCUGGUACAUCCCACCAAGUCUGAGGAACAUGCCACCAGGUCCUGAGAGGAACAGGAGACUCCAUGAGGUGGCACCAAAGAUCAAAGCCAAGAUGAUGGAGCAGGGGAUGGCCAUGAUUGGUUAUCAGCCGCUUGGAGACAAAGUUAACUUCUUCCGAUGUGUCUUCUCCAACCCAGCCACACAGACAGAGGAUGUGGACUACCUCUUGGAGGAGAUCGCUUCUCUUGGUCAUGACAUGCAGAAUGCAUCAGGAUUGAGACCAAUUUGUGAAUCAGGUUUGAGACCACUUUAUGAAUCUGAUUGUGGCUCAGAUUAACUGUAAAACAUGCAUUUAGAGGAAAAUGGGUAAAAACAAUCAGAAAACUAAAUAUAUCUCUAUACGUACUAAUUGUUCUGAAAUGUUUUGUUGUGUAAUUACAGUCCUUCUUAUGUAAAAAUAUAUACAAAUAUGAUUUUUGUAUUCCAGAGUAUCAGGGAAUCAUUAGAAUGUAGCCAGUUAAUAUCCUAAAUUCAUUUUAUUUGUGUACAACAAUAUUGUAGCCUACACAGCGCAUCCGGAAAGUAUUCAGACCCCUUGACUUUUUUCACAUUUCUUUACGUUACAGCCUUAUUCUAAAACUGAUUAAAUAAUUUUUUUAUCCUCAUUAAUCUACACACAAUACCCCAUAAUGACAAAGGAAAAACUGUUUUUUAGAAAUGUUUGUACAUU